GGCCGUGGCAAGUGAAAUGUGCGCCGCCAGUCCUUGAGCUGGCGCGCGCCUUAACGUUCAGCAGCACUCCCCGCGGGGGUGCGGGAGUGCCGGAGCCGCUCAGGACCCUCUAUCUUGGUCCUCAGGAACGAAAGCGUAGGCCCAGGUGGCCGGGGGUCGCUCCCUUGCCGCGGCCUUUUAACUUCAGUCCCUGGCCAGCAUCCGGGAGAGGAAUCUCCACCCUGCAGGCGGUCCCCGCGCCACUGGGCAAGAACGUGCGGUGACAUCGCGACUUGGGGGUAUAGAAGCAGAAAGCGGGAUACGACUGCUCGGUGCCCAUUCAGGGACUAUUAAGUUCACCCAGCAAGUGAAGCCAGAAGAGAACGCGGAUGAGUCGGGCGGGGCCAGGGAACCCCAAGCCGCGCCUGGCUGGGGACGGCGGAGGGGGCGGGCGGGGUCUCACUCUGGUCGCCUCUCGCAGCUCUACCGUGCUCGCCGCGGCCAUUCAGGGAAGGUGGCUUAGGCUCGCCCUCGCCCGCACCGUCCUGUGCUGAGCCUGGAAGCGGGGCUUCGAAUCGCUAGUGAAGAAAGCGCACUGAGAGCAAACUGAAGGGCGGAGUGGCAGCGCGGGGCCAGGGGCAGGGCUGCAGCCGGCUGCUCUGCCGCAGCGGAGCCUCCCCACCCGGGCGCCGCCCUGGGCACCCGCCCACCGCUCCCGGCUGCCCUCACUUCCGUUCCUCAGAUCCCCCCCAGCCUGGCAUAGGGCGACGGGCGGCUACCCGGGUGGGAGUGAGGGACUGAUGCGUAGGGGGAAGGUGGCGGCGGAGGGCGCCGAGUCCCAACCGCAUGCCACACCCACGCCCAGCCGAGUCCCGCUCAGCCUACGGCUCAGACACCCGGCCUACCAGCCCCAGGCGGCCCCGCCUCUUUUGUGCGGCAGGCGCUGUUGCCUGGGCAACGGCCAGGCCACGCCCCGGCUACGCCCCGCGGUGCCCCGCCCAGGUCUCUGCGCGGCGCCCUUCCCAGCCGCAGUCCGCAGGAGCCGCUGCCGCAGCCGGCAGCUGGGCGGGAUUCCCGGGGUAGUCGCUGGGAGCAAAGCUCGCUUCUCCCGCGCCUGUGCUUUUGCCUGCCCCGGCUUACUUCUCCCCGCGCCGGUCCGCUGGCCAGGUACAGCUGACCAGCUCGUCUUCCAGCUUCGGACCGAGGCUCCACGGCCGCCGCAGGGACCCGCCCACCAGACCCUGCGCUGGGUAGCCGGUGUGUUUGAGUGGAACGUGCCGCUGAUGACACCUGGCAGAAGGCAGCCAUGGAGGGCGAUGGCUCAGACUCGCCGGUUACCAUUAAGAAUAUCGAAAGGGAGCUCAUUUGCCCAGCAUGCAAGGAGCUGUUUACCCACCCAUUGAUUCUCCCUUGCCAACAUAGUAUCUGUCAUAAAUGCGUAAAAGAACUCCUGCUGACUCUUGAUGAUUCAUUCAACGAUGUGGGAUCAGACAACUCCAAUCAAAGCAGUCCUCGACUUCGGCUCCCCUCCCCUAGUAUGGAUAAAAUUGAUCGAAUUAACAGACCAGGCUGGAAGCGCAAUUCAUUGACCCCGAGGACAACUAUUUUCCCUUGCCCUGGCUGCGAGCAUGAUGUGGAUCUUGGAGAACGAGGAAUCAAUGGUCUGUUUCGAAACUUCACUUUGGAAACUAUUGUGGAAAGAUAUCGUCAGGCAGCUAGGGCAGCCACAGCCAUUAUGUGUGACCUUUGUAAACCACCACCUCAAGAAUCCACAAAAAGCUGCAUGGACUGUAGUGCAAGUUACUGCAAUGAAUGCUUCAAAAUUCAUCAUCCUUGGGGUACUAUAAAAGCUCAACAUGAGUAUGUUGGUCCAACUACUAACUUUAGACCCAAGAUUUUAAUGUGCCCAGAACAUGAAACAGAGAGAAUAAACAUGUACUGUGAAUUAUGUAGGAGGCCAGUUUGCCAUCUAUGUAAGUUGGGUGGUAAUCAUGCCAACCACCGUGUAACCACUAUGAGCAGUGCCUACAAAACCUUAAAGGAAAAGCUUUCAAAGGAUAUUGAUUACCUUAUUGGUAAGGAAAGCCAGGUGAAGAGUCAAAUAUCUGAACUAAACUUGCUAAUGAAAGAAACAGAGUGUAAUGGAGAGAGGGCUAAAGAAGAAGCAAUUACACAUUUUGAAAAGCUCUUUGAAGUUCUGGAAGAGAGGAAAUCAUCUGUUUUGAAAGCAAUUGACUCCUCUAAGAAACUAAGAUUAGACAAAUUUCAGACUCAAAUGGAAGAGUACCAGGGACUUCUAGAGAACAAUGGACUUGUGGGAUAUGCUCAAGAAGUGCUAAAGGAGACAGAUCAGUCUUGCUUUGUGCAGACAGCAAAGCAGCUCCACCUUAGAAUACAGAAAGCCACAGAAUCUUUGAAGAGCUUUAGACCUGCAGCUCAGACUUCUUUUGAAGACUAUGUUGUUAAUACCUCUAAACAAACAGAACUUCUUGGAGAAUUAUCCUUUUUCUCUAGUGGCAUAGAUGUGCCAGAGAUCAAUGAGGAACAGAGCAAAGUUUAUAACAAUGCCUUGAUAAAUUGGCACCAUCCAGAAAAGGAUAAAGCUGAUAGCUAUGUUCUUGAAUAUCGGAAAAUCAAUAGAGAUGAUGAAAUGUCAUGGAAUGAGAUAGAAGUGUGUGGAACAAGUAAAAUAAUUCAAGACUUGGAAAACAGUAGUACCUAUGCUUUCAGAGUAAGAGCUUACAAGGGUUCAAUCUGUAGUCCUUGCAGCAGAGAAUUGAUUCUUCAUACUCCUCCAGCUCCAGUUUUCAGCUUCCUCUUUGAUGAAAAAUGUGGCUAUAAUAAUGAACACCUCCUGCUGAACUUGAAGAGAGACCGUGUAGAGAGCAGAGCCGGAUUUAAUCUUCUACUUGCUGCAGAACGCAUCCAAGUGGGUUAUUACACAAGCUUAGACUACAUCAUUGGAGAUACUGGCAUUACAAAAGGAAAACACUUCUGGGCCUUCCGUGUGGAACCGUAUUCAUACCUGGUAAAAGUGGGAGUUGCUUCUAGCGAUAAACUACAAGAAUGGCUCCGUUCUCCCCGGGAUGCAGUUAGUCCAAGAUAUGAGCAAGACAGUGGGCAUGACAGUGGAAGUGAGGAUGCCUGUUUUGAUUCUUCACAACCGUUUACCUUAGUUACUAUAGGCAUGAAGAAAUUUUUUAUACCCAAGUCACCUACUUCUUCUAAUGAACCUGAAAAUAGAGUUCUCCCUAUGCCAACAAGUAUUGGGAUUUUCCUUGACUAUGAUAAAGGCAAAGUAAAUUUCUAUGAUAUGGAUCAGAUGAAAUGCCUUUAUGAGCGCCAAGUGGACUGUUCACAUACACUGUAUCCAGCAUUUGCAUUAAUGGGCAGUGGAGGAAUUCAGCUGGAAGAACCCAUCACAGCAAAAUAUCUGGAAUACCAAGAGGACAUGUAGUUGAAACAUCUGAUGUGACUCAGGAUAAAAACUGUAAACAAAGCAAUGCCUUAGCGUUAACCUUCGUAACUAAUUACAUAUCGCUGAGUGUUCUGUCACCCCACUUGUGUUUGAGUAUGAUUCUUCUUGAAAUACAGAAAAUCUAAACAGC